CCCAAGUCUGAGACCAUGGCUUCAGAUGGAACAUCUCCAAUGCCGGGACCGGACAUGACCAUGAAACCUGGUGCUGCCCUGUCUCCUUUCACUGCACUUCCCUUUCCCCCUACUCCUGGCCCACCAGAUCAGGCCCCCUGGGACCCACCUCCACAGCCCCCUGUGCCUUCAGCAUUCUCAGGAAAUCCUCUGGUGCUCUCUGCUUUCCCCAGCCCCUUGCUGAUGACAGGGGAUGGGAUUCCCGGCCCCAGUGGGGCUGGGGCUAGUAAGGUCAUAGUCACGGUCAAGACAGAAGGGAGCCUGGCUGAGCCCUCUCAAGCUCAGAACUUCAUCCUUACUCCCACAGCCAUCAAUUGGAUUGCCUCUGGCACUGAGGGUCCCCCAACUCGCUUUGUGACAGCCUCUACUGUGAAGGCCAUUCUGCCCCCUAAAGCUGCUGGCGUGAGCCAGGAGGGACCUUCAGGCCUUCCUCCUCAGGCUCCCGCACAAGCUGCCCAACUGGCACCUAUGGUGCCCCUGGAAAAGGCUUGGCAGGGGCCACAAGGCUCACCUGAGGAAGGAGACCCUGCAACCGGCAGAUCCCAGCCCCCGCUGGGUGACCUCUCCUGUACUUCCAAGGGUGUUUACGAAAACUUCCGUCGCUGGCAGCGCUACAAAUCCUUGGCCCGGAGGCACCUAUCUCAAAGUCCUGACACGGAAGCUCUUUCCUGCUUUCUUAUCCCAGUGCUCCGUUCCCUGGCCCGACUGAAGCCCACUAUGACGUUGGAGGAGGGACUGCCAAGGGCUGUGCAGGAGUGGGAGCGCACCAGCAACUUUGACCGGAUGAUCUUUUAUGAGAUGGCCGAAAAAUUCAUGGAGUUUGAGGCUGAAGAGGAGAUGCAGAUUCAAAACACACAGCUGCUGAAUGGGUCCCAGGGUCUGUCUCCUGCAGCCCCUUUGGAACGUGAUCCUCCAGCGCCCCUGGCCCCUGAGGUUUGUCAACAGCCAGUGUACAUUCCCAAGAAGACAGCCUCCAAGGCACGGGCCCCCCGCCGGCGGCAGCGUAAGCCCCAGAAAUCUCCAGUUCCUGAGGCACCCAAGGAGAUCCCUCCAGAAGCUGUGAAAGAAUACGCUGACAUCAUGGAAGGGCUAGUGGGGAGUUACCUGGCUACUGGGGAGUCAAAUGGAAAAUGGGAAGAGGAAGAGGAGCAGCAGGACGGGGAAGGGGUGGACCCAGAUCCAGACCUCUUGAGCUACAUCGAUGAGCUGUGUUCUCAGGAGGUCUUUGUCUCUAAGGUGGAAGCUGUCAUUCACCCUCGAUUUCUGGCAGAUCUGCUGUCCCCAGAACAACAGAGGGAUCCCCUGGCCUUACUUGAGGAGCUGGAGCAAGAAGAGGGACUCACUCUUGCCCAGCUAGUUCAGAAGCGGCUCCUGGCCUUGGAAGAGGAGGAUGGGGAGGCGCUUCCAAGCUGCAGCGGAGCUCAAUCGGACUCAAGUCCUUCUGUUUCCGAUGAGGAGGAAGACGUGGGUGGGCGGCUUCGGCCCUUACCCGGGCCUCGGGGGGCUGGGGGUACUCUUCGCCUUGGGAAGGCUGCUUCUGCAGGAAAGCGAGCAAGAGAGGUGCAUGGUGGGCAGGAGCGAGCCGUUGAUGACCCAAGGUGGGUGCACAGGGACGGGAACACUCUGACAUCCUCUGGUAGCUGGGACCUGCAGUUAGAACUUGCAGCUCCACAGGGAAUUCAGGCACCCUUGGGCCUCGAGAGAAGAGGGUCUGCAGAGGUUAUACAGCAGGCAUCUCCACGUCAGGAUGACCAUGUGGGAAGUGCUGUGUGCCCUGGGUGCUGCCCGGUGGCUGACAGGACUUCAGAGGCUCUGCCUCUUUGCUGGCGGGAAGACCCACAGCCCAAGACUUCCUGUUUGGAUGUCAGACUGGCAGAGCUGGCUCCUCUGCGAGAAUCUGGAUUAGAAAAGCAGGUCCUGGGGUGGCAGGGAGCACAGACGGGGGCACUUGCAGUGCUUCCUCAAGGGAAGGAGCUGUUAGCAGUGCCCCGGGAAGGCUCUGCAGAAACCAUAUGGGGAAAUGACCAAGGCCCUCCCAGAGUCCCAGGCUAUGAUCAGAACCAUUCCCCUAGAGCAGCUAGGGCUAGGGAAGGAGCCUCUCUGAGCCCAGGCCUAUGGCUGCCUAGUGAGAUAGAUGCCAUAAGCCUGGAGUUGCCCUUACAAGUCAAAGAGGUCAUAGAGAACUUUCAGGAUGGGGGACGCGUAACUGAGCUCCUGGGAGGCAGCCAGUCUGAAAGCAAAUUUUCUUUGGGUCCUGGAGAAGCCAUAGCACCUGGGGAUGUAGGCAGCAAUGUCAUUCCCUGUGGAGGCACAGGCUCCACACCUGCCUUAGAAAAGAGAAACUGUUGCAGCUUGCCAGGACCCCUGAGGAGGGCCAAGAGCCCAGCCUUGAGGCCCAAAGGGAAUAGAGAACAAAGUGCUGAGACCCUACAGGAUCCCAGUGAUCUGUGGGCUGAAGGCUGCUCCCCACGGCUGGAAAGCAGAAUCAGUGUCUCCACCAUGGGAUCUUCUGCAGAGACCCUGCUACCUGCAUGCCAAGACAGCUUCCUUGUUCUGAGGACCCGGGAGGACUCCUUCCCUGAGGCUAGCCAAGUGACAGGGGACAGAGGCAAUUCCUUUUCUCCUCUGUUGGAAACCACAGAGCACGUCCACAUACUAGGUAGCAGAGAUGACCGUGGCCUCCAGAUAGAGGUCAGCAAGGACAUUUGCUGGCGAGAGGGCAGGGAGAAACCCAACCUAUCUAAGCGCAAAGGUCCCGCUUCUUUAAAAGAGCAUUUAAAGCUUUACACACAGAGGGCCCCCCAAUCAGCAUCCCCCCAGGGCCUUGUAGGCACUUCCCCGAGGUGGGGAACCCGGAAUGCCUUAGCCCUGAGGGAAACCUCUCCUGUUAGGGAAAGACACAGUUCUGCACAUGGGGCCCGAGGAAAGGAGAAAGAGAAGAAGAGGGAGCAGAGGAAGGAACUGGACGAGGAAGAUGAAGAACUCUCUAACUUUGCCUACCUCUUGGCCUCUAAACUUAGCCUAGCGCCCAGGGCCCUUGCCCCCAGCCCUCAGCACACCUCCGGAGGUCAGGGUGUCCAGAGAGCAUCCCAGCCUCCCUCCGCAGAGGAAAGAGGCCUUGGUCAACCUCUAUAUCCGGUGGCCAAGGCUGGCAAGCGAGCUCUUGUUGGAGGUUCAGCCCCUACUGAAAAGAGAUCCUGCCCAGACUCUCAACUUAGCGUCUCUGGGGAGAAACCCUCAGCCCUGGGAGUAGUAGUUCGAGCCUCACAGCCGCGAAAGAGGCGGCGUGACACUUCUGUCACGGGCAGGAGGAAGAAACGCCGCCGUAGCCAGUAG